AUAAAAGCGGGUACGCCUUAAUUCGGUCAGUUAUGUAUCUAAACGAAGUGAGGUGUUAAUGGGAUAUUUUUAUAGACAAUACGAUAUUUUCUUCUUUUCAAAUACGAGUAAAGCAGGACGAUGAAGGGAAUAUAUCUAAUCGCCAUUGCCUUCCUGGUAUCACGGACCGCGGCAUCUGUGAUCAUCCCAAAUGAAGCAGAAGACGAAUGUCCGAUAAAGGACACUUGUCCGCCGAAAUUGAUAGCUGAUAAAUCGAAUUGUCAACAAUUUUUUAGAUGCAGAAGUGGUAAAAAGGAGUUGGUAGUUUGUAAGGGCGACAAGCAAUUUAGUAAAUUCUGGGGUGGUUGCGUUAGCCCCGAGAAUUCGGACUGCGGGGUACCUGGUGACUGCAAACACAAUGGCGAUCUGCUGCCUCACGAGUGCCAAUGUGACCAAUUCUACGAAUGCAAAAAUAAUCAGAAGGCUCUGCGCGUUUGUGAGUCCGGACAGAUUUUUGACAAAACUAGGAAAAUUUGCGUUCCAGGAGAGUCCGUAAAUGGAGAGUGCAUACCAAAUUCAGGGGUCGAGUGUAGGAACGGUGAUUAUAUCCGUCACGAAUGCCAAUGCGAUAAAUAUUACGAAUGUAAACAAAAUCAGAAAGCCUUGCGCGAAUGUCCGAAAGGAUCGAUCUUUGAACUAGCAUCGGGAUGCGUUAAAGGUAAUGUCGAUAAGUGUCCUUUGGAAAAUACGUGUCGUCAAGGCGAAAGUAAGAGCCACCACUGUUUAUGUGAAAAAUAUUACGUAUGCGACAAUAACGAUUGGAUCGCUAAAUCGUGUAAGAAAGAUGAACAUUUUAGCCCUACAAAUUUCAAAUGUAUGAACAAAAAAGAUGCUAAUUGCGACUCCCCCCCUGUCACUCCCGAUCCCACUGAACCUGGCCAUUGUACAGAGAAUGGUUCCAUAUCUUUUCACGAAUGUGACUGCAGAUUAUAUUACGAGUGCGAAAACAAUAAGAAGGUACUAAAGGGUUGUGAUUGGGGAAAAUAUUUUAAUAGAGUGAAUAAGGUAUGCGAAAAAGCGGAAGACGUAAAAUGUAGAAAUAGUUGGGACAACUGGGUAAAGAAGUACCAAUAGACGAACUACCAAUUUCGGAAAAUAAGAAGAGAAGCUGAAAGUAUAAUAACAAAAAGCAAAUUACAAUGCUUGUUAGAAAUAUGUAUUUGUAGAAGUAGAUUAUUUUGCUAAGAUAUUUUAAUAAAUCUGAUAUAUAUUGUA